AUGGGCGACAACUUCCAACCGGCCCUCAUUGUGGUCGACUUUCAGGAAGAUUUCUGCCCACCCCAUGGCUCACUUGCAGUCGCCAACGGCCGCGACAUUGCCCCCAUCGUCAACAGCCUCCUCAGCUUGCCCUUUGUCGCCAAAAUUGCCACCAAGGACUGGCACCCAGCCAGCCACAUCUCCUUUGCCUCGAAUCACGCAGGUGCCUCGCCCUUCACCUCGACGACGACAAUCACGAACCCCGCCAACCCAUCGGAAUCAUAUGCCUCUCGCCUGUGGCCCGUUCACUGCGUCCAGAACACGUCCGGCGCCAGCCUCGUCCCCGAGCUCGAAGCCCACCGCCUGACGGCGACCAUUGAAAAGGGCCACGUGCGCGACAUCGAAAUGUACAGCGCCUUCCGCGACCCCUACGGCGUCGUUGACAGCGGCCUCGCCGAGACGCUGCGGGGGCAGGGCGUGACGGACGUCUUCGUCGUCGGGCUGGCGGGAGACUACUGCGUCAAGUGCACGGCCGUGGACGCCGCGCGCGAGGGUUUUCGGACGUGCGUUGUCGAGGAGGGCACGCGCUGCGUCGAACCCGACAAGUGGGAGGCAUGCAAGGACGAGCUCGAGGCGGGCGGCGUCCGCGUCGUGAGCGUGAAGGGGGCAGAAGUUCGGCGGGUGCGGGGUGCGUAA